AAUUAGUUUAAAAAUACGUGUUCUUAGAAGUAGAUACAGGUAGUUUGGGCUGUUUAUUUACUUUCUUUAUACAGUCAGUGAUAUUUGUAAUUAAUUCAUAGCAUCUUUGGCUUAUUAUUCAUAUAUUUUAGAAAAAAAAAAUGUUAAUUUGGUUCGAAUUUUAACGUUAUUGAUUGAUAAUAAUAGUUUAAAUGAUAAUAAUAGAUAACACUAAAAUGAAAAAGUUAUAAAAUCAUAUAGAUAUAUUUCCUGUAAUUUUUCGUAAACAAGAUAUGGAGUUAUCUAUUUCUCUAUAAAUAAAAGCUAACUUAUAGAGGAAUAUUCCAAGACCUGAAAACAAAAUUACAACUAUUUAAAGAAUAACCAGGAGUGAGUUUCCCACAAUAAUAAGGUGCGGCCUAAAGACCCUUUUUCUAAUAUUAUAAUUUUUCAUGAAAUCGAUAUACAGUUUGUGCAAUCGCUGUAUAAUAGUAAAAACUUAGUUUCUAUUAGCUCGAACUACGAAAACGUUUACUUUUAUUUAGAACCUUCGAUAUAUUUUGAUAAAAAAAAGUGCUGUAAAUAUAUCCAUUCUAUUUCAAAGUGGUAAAUGUUACAUGUGUAAAUAAGUGUUGAAGAUGAAACUUUGGAUUGCUGAUUUGUUGAGAUCCGCAGCACCUCAAUUUGCUCCCGUUUUAUUUGGUACUAUUGGAGCUAUUUCCGAUGGCAUGCACUAUGGUUGGUCCGCCCCAUUCAUGCCGAUCCUCGAAAAAGAGGAUAGCCACAUCAAAAUAUCACACAGCGACGUCACCUGGUUAGAAUCCAUUUAUCUGAUUGGCGGUCUAGCGGGUCUUCCAGUUACUAUUUAUUGUGUGGACAGAUUGGGAAGAAAAUGGUCCAUUUUACUUGCUGCCAUUAUAUCGCUGAUAGCCUGGAUUCUCAUUGGAAUCGCCGACGACGUUAUUUAUUUGUAUAUAGCUAGAUUUAUGACGGGCUUAUCCGGUGACGUAGCUUUUGUCGCCGCUCCUAUGUACAUAGCCGAAAUAGCCGACAAGAAAAUAAGAGGAUUCCUUGCUGGUGUCAUUUACGUUAUGAUGUUGGUAGGAAUAUUAGUCGUUUACGCUAUUGCACCUUUCACGCCGUUCUAUACCUCAUCAAUCGUGGGAUCAGCUUUUGUGCUAAUUCAACUGAUCACUUUUCCAUUCAUGCCCGAUUCCCCAUACUACCUACUGUCCAAAGGCAAAGGAGAAAAGGCCAAGACACACUUAAAGAGGCUCAGAACGGGAGGAAACCUCGAAAAGGAAUUCGAAGAGAUAACGGUGGCAAUUAGAAGACAGAGAAGCGAAAGAGGACGUCCGCAAGAUCUCGUAAUCAACAAGGGCAAUCGUAAAGCUCUGAUCAUUAUGGUCGUAUUAAACGCCGCCCAGCAUUUCAGUAGUAUCAGUGUGAUGCUGAUGAAUUUGCAUUCGAUUUUAAAAGAAGCAGAGUCCGAGUACGUUUCGUACGAGGUAGCUGGUAUUAUGUUCUCCGCCUUCAUGUUGAUAGCAGCGACCAUAGCCGAUUUUAUCUGUGACAAGUUCGGACGCAAGGGCCUCCUUAUAUCCUCCAGCUUAUUGAGCGGAAUCUCGUUAUUCGUAUUGGCGGGAUACUUUACAAUGAAAAAAUCGGGUCAGGACGUCGCUGGAAUUUCCUGGAUACCCAUCGCUGCAGUUAUGGUGUACGCCGCUGUUUUCAAAUUUGGACUGGGAAUUAUACCCAUAGUAAUGACAGCCGAACUGUUCCCGGCUAAAGUGAAAGCUAUGGGCAUGACAUUGGCUGAUUUCUCCUACCUAUUCUUCGGAUUACUGUCAGUAGAAAUGUACCAGAGAUUAAUAGACAUUUAUUAUCUGGAUCUGCCAUUCUACAUUUUCGCUUCAACGACAGUUUUGACGGCAAUAUUUUCGUGGCUCUACAUUCCAGAAACUAAAGGCAAGACAUUGGACGAAAUUCAGUUUAUUUUGAAAGGAGAACCGAUUCCCGAACGGAAGAUUAGUGGACAGCAGCUUGAAAAUGGAGGCAACGAUGGAGAUAUUAAACUGACUGAAGUUAAUCUUACCGAUAAAAAAACUACAGGAGAGGUGGCUGACACUUGCGCGGGACCGUCCUGCGCUAGUGGUACUCAAGCUACCACCUCCUUUAGCAAGGUCGGGAGCUUACCUCUAAACCCAACAGGCGACAAAGACUACCGUUUAGUCUACCUGGCCUGGGUCAACAUGGCGGGUUGGACGAUCCGCUGA